UUAACAUUUGAAACCCAGAUUAAAUUCUUCUUUUCUAGGUUGGACAAUGCAACCCACGCAUAAAAUGCUGAAAUAUGUCCUUUGGCAUUUGCCUUUCUGCAAAUACAAACGAAAAUUCCACCUUCCUUGCACUACAUAAAAACAAACAUACUCUUGGAUUUCCUUAAUUCUCAUCUGCAACAUCACAUCUUUUUGGUAUUUUCUUUUUCUCCACCAUGGAGUCUCCCAGAAUUACUGUCAAAGUUAUCAUUUCUCUAUUUUGCUCUUAUAUGCUUUUGUCACAUUAUAUCACCACUUCGAGCCCUGCCUUGGCUUUGGAAGACUGUCACUUUCCAGCAAUCUUUAACUUUGGAGACUCAAAUUCAGAUACUGGUGGAAUGGCUGCGGCCAUUUAUCGACCACCACCACCCUCUGGGAAAACCCAUUUUCAUACGCCAGCGGGAAGAUUCUCAGAUGGCAGGCUCAUAAUCGAUUUUCUUGCCAAGAGUCUUGGUCACCCCUUUCUAAGCGCAUAUCUGGAUUCAAUUGGGACCAACUUCUCGCAUGGUGCAAAUUUUGCCACUGCAUCUUCCACCAUCAGAUUGCCAGAUCCCAUUAUACCAGCUCCUGGAGGAUUUAGUCCCUUCACCCUCAAUAUUCAAUGCUCGCAGUUCUUGCAACUAAAAUCCAGAUCACAACUCAUAAGGCAUCGAGGGGGAAUAUUUGCAAGUUUGAUGCCCAAGAAGAAGUAUUUUGCCAAAGCCUUAUACACAUUUGACAUUGGCCAGAAUGACCUUCCAGAAGGGUUUUUUGGUAAUUUGACUGUUCAAGAAGUCAAUGCAUCUGUUCCUAAUAUAGUCAGUAUGUUCUCAGCAAAUAUUAAGAAAAUAUAUGAUUCGGGAGGGAGAUCAUUUUGGAUCCACAACACUGGGCCAAUUGGGUGUAUCCCUUACAUCUUAGUUAAUUUUCCAGCUCAAAAGGAUGAGGUUGGCUGUGCAAAGUUAUACAAUGAAGUAGCUCAGUAUUUUAACCACAAGCUGAAGGAGGCCACAGUUCAACUUAGGAAGGAUCUACCUUUGGCUGCUAUAACCUAUGUAGACAUAUAUUCAGUCAAAUACUCUCUUUACAAGGAACCCCAAAAAUAUGGGUUUGAGCAACCACUUGUUUCUUGUUGUGGCACUGGUGGCAAGUACAACUUUAACAGUAAAACUGUUGAAUGUGGAAGAACAGUUACAGUUAAUGGAAGACAAAUAUUUGCUGACUCAUGCAAACGUCCUUAUGUUAAAGUGAACUGGGAUGGGAUUCAUUAUACUGAUGCAGCUGCCAAGAUUAUUUUUGAUAAAAUUUCAACUGGAGCAUUUUCCGAUCCACCCCUUCCUUUGAAGCAAGCAUGUCAUAGGAGUUUGGAAUAACUCAUACAUUAAUCAAUAAUUGUGUGGUACCUUUGUAACUGCAGGUCCCACAUGAUGUUUCUUUCUCUUAUUUUUGAGGUCAUCAAUACUUCUCUUGAUAACAUUACUUUUUGAGAGAAAAGCGAUAGUAUUUUAUUGAAUAUGGAUGAGUAACAAGUACAAAUUGGGGUUUUGUGUUCAUCCAUUUAUUUAGAAAAUUACUUGUAUAUAUAAAGGUUUGUUUAGCAGUGAAGGAAUAUGGUGUGGAAUUUUGGAGUGGUUUGAAUGAUUGAGCAAAGUUUGUCAGAACAUUAGCAUUUCCGGGCUCUUAAUCUGCUACAUUU